CAUACAAGAUCUCUGCGAGCGCGAUCAGUUGCAUGUACGACUUGAGACUCUUGUGUGGCUACUUUUCGUCGGUUUCUCCAGGUUUGUAGUAAGAUUGUGACUGGAUUUCCUGAAGUUUUCCCAAUUGUGUGUGUGAAAUGAUCUUGCUGGCGAGUGUGUAAAUGAGUAGCUCACUGGGAGCACCCCUACGAAGAUUACGCGGGUGAUUGCAUUUAUAGCCGGGAAGGGGAUAAAAGGAUCGACCAAAACCGCGAGUUUUUCGUAGUUCUCUUCCCGAAUCUUCAAAAUGAAAAGAAUCAAAAUGUGUAGCUUCAAAUGGACUUUACGAAAUAGUUUAGUGAUAAGUGUUUUAGUGUUAAUUGCAUCCACGACUGGUUUGGCCUUGGAUCCGUCGCACCCGCCAACCUAUAUGCCUGCUUUGGAAUGCUACCAUCCCUACGGAAAACCUCAGAAAUGUCUACCAGAAUUCGAAAACGCUGCCUACGAAGUGCAAAUAGAGGCCACAAACACAUGUGGCGACCAUGGUGAGAAGGAGUUUUGCGAGCAAUCCGGUAAUACAAACGAGAAAAGCUGUGAUGAAUGCCGGCGAGGACAGUAUAGCCCAAGAUACUUGACCGACUUGCACGAUCCACAAAAUCCAACCUGGUGGCAAUCUGAAACAAUGUUCGAAGGAAUCCAACACCCGAAUCAAGUGAAUCUCACGUUACACUUAGGUAAAUCGUUCGAUAUCACCUACAUCCGAAUCGUAUUCCAUUCCCCGCGGCCGGAAUCCUUUGCAAUUUACAAACGAGUAUCCCAAAAUGGACCGUGGAUACCGUACCAGUUUUACAGUGCGUCCUGUCGAUAUACUUAUGGAAUGCCCGACUCUUUAUCAAUAAAAAAAGGAGAAGAUGAAUCUAGAGCAUUGUGUACCAGUGAAUACAGUGACAUUUCACCACUGAGGGAUGGAAACAUUGCUUUUUCGUCUUUGGAAGGUCGACCAAGCGCAACAAACUUCGAAAACAGUAUUGCAUUGCAGAAUUGGGUAACAGCAACUGACAUCAGAAUCACCUUGGACCGCCUGAAUACUUUCGGAGACGAAGUCUUUGGUGAUAAGCAAGUACUCAGGUCAUAUUUCUACGCAAUUGCUGACAUUGCAGUCGGUGCUCGAUGCAAGUGCAACGGUCAUGCCAGUAAAUGCGUAGCAAGCACAGGUCUCAAUGGGGAAAGGACGCGCGUCUGCGAAUGUAAACACAACACCGAUGGACCCGACUGCGAACGCUGUCUACCAUAUUAUAAUGACGUCGAAUGGAAACGGGCCACGUCCAAAGAUGUGAACGAAUGUAAACCUUGCAACUGUAAUGGAUAUUCUGAGAAAUGCUUUUUCGAUCGCCAUCUCUUCAACGAAACUGGCCACGGAGGACACUGUUUAGAUUGCAGAGACAACCGUGAUGGCGCAAACUGCGAAAAAUGCAAGGAUAACUACUAUAUGCGCGACGAUGGACACUGCGUUAACUGUGCUUGUGAUAGCGUUGGAUCACUUUCACUGCAGUGUAAUGCUGAGGGACGAUGCACCUGUAAACGUGGCGUGACUGGUGAUAAAUGCGAUAGAUGUGAGGCUAAUUUCUAUCAAUUCGGACCUCAUGGUUGCCAGCCUUGCGGUUGCGAUCCACGCGGUUCUUUGGAUAAUACACCGUCUUGUGAUCCUGAAACCGGGAUUUGCUCUUGCAAGGAAAAUGUUGAAGGAAGACAUUGUAAAGAAUGCAAACCUGGCUUUUUCAAUUUGGAUCUACAAAAUCGAUUUGGUUGCACGCCAUGCUUCUGCUAUGGUCACACAUCCGAAUGUCAAAGUGCCGAAGGUUACAGUAUCGUAUCUACUACAUCCAAUUUCAAUAAGCACUUAGAACGGUGGAGAGCGAUGGACGACAGAGAUAACAAGGUGGAUGUCAAAUAUAACCAGUUCAGCCAAAGCAUCGGAACCAUCGCUAAUGGAAGAGACUUCGUCUACUUCGUUGCUCCUGAUCGUUUUCUGGGCGAUCAAAGGGCAUCGUACAAUCGUCUGUUCAAAUUCAAGCUACAACUUAAUGGCCAAAUUGGGCCGAACCCUUCCCCGUUGGACGUCAUUUUAGAAGGGGCUGGAACCCAAAUUUCCCUGCCGAUAUUUGCUCAAGAUAAUGGAAUACCUGAUGGAAACCUGCGAGAAUUCGUCUACCGACUACAUGAACAUUCUAAUUACUCUUGGCAACCAAGUCAGUCGUCCAGAGGGUUUAUGUCUAUUUUAAGCAAUCUAACGGCAAUUAAGAUUCGAGCAAGCUAUUCUUCCCAUGGCGAAGCCGUUCUUGACGAUGUUGAAUUGGAGACCGCCCAUCGUGAUACAGCUGGUAAUUCAGCACGUUGGAUUGAACAGUGCAGCUGCCCGGAAGGAUAUUUAGGCCAAUUUUGUGAAUCUUGCGCUCCAGGCUAUCGCCACAGUCCCUCUAAAGGCGGGCCAUUUAUGCCAUGUAUUCCAUGUGAUUGUAAUAAGCACGCCACGAUUUGCGACUCGGAAACAGGUCGCUGCAUUUGCCAACAUAAUACCGCUGGAGACACAUGUAACCAAUGUGCCAAGGGAUACUAUGGCAAUGCUUUAAUUGGAACUCCAGACGAUUGCAAACCAUGCAAUUGUCGGGGUGGUGGCGCAUGCUUCCAAAUGCCUGAUGAUUCAGUGGUUUGCUUCGAAUGUCCAUCUGGAUAUGCUGGAUCAAAGUGUGAGGAUUGUUCUGAUGGAUACUAUGGUGAUCCAGCGGGAGUAUUAGGAGAAGAGAGAAUAUGCAAGCCCUGCGAUUGCAAUGGGAACGUGGAUCCCAAUGCUGUUGGAAACUGUAAUCGGACAACAGGACAAUGUUUGAAAUGUAUCUACAAUACAGCCGGGGAGAACUGUAACGAAUGCUUGCCAGGAUAUUUCGGCGAUCCCCUCGCACUGCCGCAUGGAAGCUGCGAACAAUGUAGUUGCUAUCCACCAGGAACUGAACAAACAGAAGAUGGAAUAUCGAUCUGCGAUCAGCUUUCAGGUAACUGCAAAUGCAAACCGAACGUAAUUGGACAUAAUUGUAACGAGUGCCAGCCCGGCUACUUUAACAUUGUUUCUGGCAAUGGCUGCGAGAAUUGUUACUGCGAUCCAGUUGGAAGUUAUAACUCCACCUGCGACCGAUUCACAGGUCAGUGCUUCUGCAAGGAAGGUGUUACAGGACUUCGUUGUGACCAGUGUGCAACCUAUCAGUACGGCUUUUCGGCGGAAGGAUGUAAGCCUUGCGAUUGCGAUGAAAGCGGUUCAAAAGGAUUCCAAUGUGAUGAAUACGGCCAAUGUCCAUGUAAUGAUAAUGUCGAAGGAAGGCAGUGCAAUCGCUGCAAAGAAAAUAAAUAUGAUCGACAUCAAGGCUGCAUAGAUUGUCCUCCAUGCUACGACCUAGUCCAAGACGCUACCAACGCCCAUAGAAGCAAACUCGCAAAUCUCAGUCAGACCUUGGACGAUAUUGCCAAAACACCCGUAACAAAUGAUGAGGAAUUCGAAUCGAAGCUACGUACUGUACAAGAGAAACUCAAUAUCCUCCUGGAUGACGCAAAAGCUGGUGCUGGUGGAGGUGAUCGAACUCUCGUUGAACGCCUACAGGAUCUUCGUGACCGCCUGGACAAGGUCCAAGAGCAGCUUGAUGCAGCUGACAAACUACAUGCAGACAGUGAAUCAAGUGUUAAAAAGUCAAAUGAAACAGUCACGGAGGCUAAGAAGUUUAUAGAGGACGCACAAAACGAAAUAACAGCAGCUUUUCAACGUCUUAGAACGGACGGAACUCAAGCUUUGCAGCGAGCCCGUGAGAAGGCGAGCAAGUUGGGAUCACAGUCAGAACAAAUCAGUAAAAUUGCCAGAGAUUCUCGACGUCUGGCCGAUGAAUUCGAAGCUACGGCUGAGGAGGAUCGAAAGAAUGCCAAGGAAGCCAAUGAGACAGCGUUCAAAGCAUACGAACUAGCUAAGAGCUCUCUCAAUCUGCAGAAAAAUAUUAGUGAUGAGUUACGAUCGGAAGUUGAACUUGAAAUGUCUGAGGCGAAAUUAAAGCUGGCUAGCACCGCGAAACAAACGAAGGAGGCGUUGGAGAAAGCCACUGCAAUGCAGGAUGCCGCCUUGACCCUGCUCGCUGAUGUGGAAGAAUUGGUCACCCCGCAGGUGGACGUCGCACAACUGAAGAAAGAUGCUACCGAAGCCAAUCAGGAGGCAAAAAAACUGAAAACAGAUGCCGAUGAACUUGGGGCGAAACACGACGAAUUACUGGCAGAUUUUGACGAGGAAUUGACUCUUGCAGAAGUGCUUAUAGAACGUGACACGAUACAGAAAAUGAAGAAUGCCGAACUGCUAGAAGAAGCCAAAAUGGCUUAUGACGAAGUGCAAAAGGCGGUUGCUCAAGGCGACGGAGUUUUGAAAGAUGCUAAUAAUACCUAUCAUACCUUAGCUGGAUUCCAAUCGCAAGUUCAAAAAUCAUCUGCGGAGGCUCAGAAAGCUCUUGAAACAGUGGCCGCCAUUGAAGAAGAAAUUCAGAGUGCGGAAAAACUGACAAGGGAGGCUGAAGAGGCCUUAGCCGGAGCAAAAGAUAACGCUGAAGAAGCUAGGAAAAAUGCUCAAGAAGCACAAGAAGUUUAUGCAGAACAAGCCUCAAAGGAAGCUGAAGAAAUCCGUAAGAAGGCUAAUGCAACCAAAGAGAAUGCUCGUAAACUUCGCGGUGAAGCUGAUCAGCUUAAUGGCCGUGUCGCAGUUACAGAGAAUAAUAUUCAAAGCAUGGAAGACAAAUUCGCAGAAGACGAAAAUCUUGUUGAGGAUGCCAAGAAGAAGGUUGGAGAGGCUCAGAGUAAUGCAGAAGAAGCACAAACGAAGGUCAAAAAGGCUUUGCAAGAAGUAAAGGCUAUCAUGGAUGAUCUUGAUAAUUUAGGGGAUAUAAAUAUGGAUGAUCUUGAUAAACUGGAAACACGUUUGGACAACGUCGAAGAAAGCCUACGCAAUGCCGAUAUCGAGCAACGUCUCGAAACUCUAAUCGAGAUGAAAACCAUUCAGAAUAAGUGGAUCGCCGAAUACGAGAAGGAGAUCAAACGUCUCGAGGUCGAGGUGACGAACAUUCAGGCGAUCGCGAAUGCCCUGCCCCCGGGUUGCUUCAAGCGAACCCACUUAGAACCAUAGACAUAGGAGCAAGCCAUAAAUAUAUAAACCCUCAAUUUGUAACAAAAGCAAGAGAACCAGUUAAUGUAGUUAGCACUUAUAUGUAUAUGAAUUUGCAAUCUCCUUUCAGUCAUUUACUUUACUUUGUAAUAGUUUUGUAACGCUAUAGACAAAUAUUCGUAAUGCACAAAUUAUAACUGCCACAUGUUGAGAUACAACAAACCCUUUCAACUAGUUGAUAGGCCAAUGCGCGAGCAUUUAAUUAAGUCACGUGAGUAUUUCUCUAAUUAAAAAAUCGUAUCUUUUGUUGUGUAGUCACGGCAAGAAGCGAAGAUAUAUAAAGUUCCAGUUGUCUUUUAUUUAUAUCGAGUAGAGCAACCAGUUUGUUACUUAAUGCCUCUUAUGAAAUUUAAAUAAACGCUAAUGCUUCCUAAUAUUAAAGAGUUUAUCUUUAGACAUUUAAACCGUUGGCUUCUAUGUUUGUAAUGAAAAAGAAAACGAAGUUCAAUAUUGCCACGUUAGGCCAUUUGUACAUUAUCAGAUCCAAGUUCGAAAUUGCUUUGUUAACUUUGCAGACAAAUUUAAAUGUUCAAUAAUUUCAAUAAAAAUUAAGGAAGAAUA